AUGAGUGUUGAGGACGCUUUAGGGACUGACAGCCGCUGUCUUCAGUAUAUGGAGGAAGCUGGACAAACAGCCACAGAAAACUUCCCGGGUUCUAGGUCCGGUGUGAGUGUUGGCUCUCGGAGCCUUAACAUGUCAAGAAGAGACUCAGAAAGCACCCGCCAUGACUCAGAGACCGAAGAUAUGUUAUGGGAUGACCUUCUCCAUGGCCCAGAGUGCCGGUCAUCUGUCACCAGUGACAGUGAGGGGACUCAUGUAAAUACCCUUCAUUCAGGGACGAAACGUGACCCCAAAGAAGAUGUUUUUCAGCAGAACCAUUUAUUCUGGCUUCAGAAUUCAAGUCCUGCCUCUGAGCGAGUUAGUGCAAUAAUCUGGGAAGGAAAUGAGUGCAAAAAGACGGACAUGUCUGUGUUGGAGAUAAGCGGCAUCAUCAUGAGCAGGGUCAAUGCUUACCAGCAAGGAGUCGGCUAUCAGAUGCUGGGGAACGCCGUCACCAUUGGCUUAGCAUUUUUCCCGUUUUUAUAUCGGCUUUUCAGAGAGAAGAGUUUUGACCAACUAAAGUCCAUCUCAGCAGAGGAGGUCCUGACCCUCUUCUGUGGUGCACCACCGGUCACACCUGUUGUUAUUUUGUCUAUAAUUAAUUUUUUUGAAAGACUGUGUCUUACUUGGAUGUUUUUUUUCAUGAUGUGUGUGGCAGAGAGAACAUAUAAGCAGAGAUUUUUAUUUGCAAAACUCUUCAGCCAUAUUACUUCUGCCAGGAAAGCCAGAAAAUAUGAAAUACCUCACUUCAGACUUAAAAAGGUGGAGAACAUUAAAAUAUGGUUAUCACUGCAUUCCUAUCUAAAGAGGCGGGGGCCCCAGCGCUCAGUGGAUGUGGUGGUGUCGUCCGUCUUCUUGCUGACGCUUUCAAUUGCUUUCAUUUGUUGUGCACAGGUUCUUCAGGGCCACAAGACCUUCCUGAACGACGCCUACAACUGGGAGUUCUUGAUCUGGGAGACAGCGCUGCUGCUUUUCUUGCUCCGCCUGGCCUCGCUGGGGUCGGAGACCAACAAGAAAUACAGUAACGUCUCCAUCCUGCUCACGGAACAGAUUAAUUUAUAUCUUAAAAUGGAAAAAAAGCCAAAUAAGAAAGAACAGCUCACUCUAGUAAACAAUGUAUUGAAGCUGUCCACCAAGUUGUUAAAGGAGCUGGACACACCAUUUAGACUCUAUGGACUGACCAUGAACCCCUUAAUCUACAACAUUACCAGAGUAGUCAUCCUUUCUGCUGUCUCAGGAGUCAUAAGCGAUCUUCUAGGAUUCAACAUAAGACUGUGGAAAAUUAAGUCCUAAGCUGAGUUGUGUGCCUGGACUCUUUUCUGGUUGCUGUCACUCACUGCUUGCCCACUGAGGACAAAAAUGGCUUACUUGAACCAGUGACCCCCACCUGCCGGCUCACGUGCAUAAGUCUCUCUGCUCUGGCAAGCCUAUCGGAUGGAGUUUCCAGCAGGGCACAUCCUUUCCCUGGGCAUGUGUGCUAAAACCUGCACUUUCGUGGUUCUCAAGCAAGGUGAAUAGUCAGCAAACUAAAGCCGCCUGACAGUGACACGGACCUUCUGUGUCAGGACAUGUAUCCUGGACCCUCCAGUAUUGUGCUAGUUAUAUUUACUGGAAAUAGGCUUUUGGGUAACCAUGGUAGAUGCCCAAAGCAUGAAGCAAUUAUCUUUUAUUGGAAAUAUGCAAAUUCAGUACUUUUCUAAUAUAGUCUAUGGAUUGGAGAUUUCUCUAUCAGAGAGAAACUAUUUUAGGUUAAAUCCAAAUAAAAGAACUUUACUGGAGAA